CUGUCCUUCUAAACAUGCAUUAUAAUCAAUAACCAGUUCAACCUGACAAAGAACAGGUGCUGAAUAUAUGAAUAAACACGUUUGGAGUUCUACUAUUGUCCUUGAUGUUUUCAAGGUCAGAAUGACACGGAGUCCUCCUCUCACUCCAUUCUGAGCACUGGAGAGGCAUGUUUUGUGUCGCUGGCUGUUGUGUAUUGAUGUUGUGUCAAACUUAGAGAGUGUUUGUUCGUGACUUGCUUUCUCAUUUAAGGCACAAAGUCCUGCGGGCGAGUGCCAGAGCUGUCGUAAUGUUCGCGCCGAUGCUUGAUGAGUUCCAGAGUCAGUCUGAUGUUGUGGAAGGUACAUGGCUUACCAACCGUGCGUCAUGCGCAUUGAGCCUAGUAGCCUAUCGAAUAAAUAGGCAAUUUUGAGUCGCAGCAAAUAAAACACUGCCUCCGGAAAGGCCAUGGAAAUCCUUGAAUGAGAUUUUGGGUGAGCAAGGGUGCAUCUGAUCGGUGAUCUUUCACAAGUCAACUUGACUCUUCUCUGAGAGUAACAACGCUUUUUGGAUUGGGAACAUUCGGGGUGAUGGCGGCGUCGGCACCUUCCUCCUCCUCCUCCUCUGGCGGCGAUCCGGAUCCCAACUCGACAAAUUUACGGCCACCUUCUUCAAACCACGACUGGAGUGGGGUCGCCCAUGGGUGCACGAGAAAACUUGGACUGAAGAUAUGCGGGUUUUUGCAGAAGAACAAUAACGCUGAGGACAAAACCCGAAUUGUCGGCUACUUUAACGAUCAGCAGCCUUCCAAGGACAUUUUAACACGGGACAACGAGCGAGACUCAAGCUUCAGACGCACAGAGACGGACUUCUCCAAUCUGUAUGCAAGAGAUCUACUUCCUGCCAAAAAUGGAGAGGAGUGUACAAUCCAGUUCCUGCUGGAAGUGGUAGACAUCCUCACAAAUUAUGUGCGGAAGACCUUCGACAGAUCCACCAAAGUGCUGGACUUCCAUCAUCCACACCAGCUGCUGGAGGGAAUGGAGGGUUUCAACCUCGAGCUGUGUGAUCAGCCAGAGAGCCUGGAGCAGAUCCUGGUGGACUGCAGGGACACACUGAAAUAUGGAGUCCGGACAGGUCACCCCAGGUUUUUUAACCAGUUGUCUUCAGGUCUAGACAUCAUUGGUUUAGCUGGAGAGUGGCUAACCUCUACUGCCAAUACUAACAUGUUCACAUAUGAGAUCGCACCAGUGUUUGUGCUAAUGGAGCAGCUCACCUUGAAAAAAAUGAGAGAGAUUAUUGGCUGGCCAAAUGGAGAGGGAGAUGGAAUUUUCUCACCAGGAGGAGCAAUCUCGAAUAUGUACAGUGUGAUGGUGGCACGGUAUAAACACUUCCCUGAGGUUAAAAUCAAAGGCAUGGCAGCAGUUCCCAGACUGGUGCUGUUCACCUCAGAACAUAGUCACUACUCUAUAAAUAAGGCGAGUGCAGCGCUGGGUUUCGGCACAGAAAAUCUGAUCUUGCUGAGCACAGAUGAGAGAGGUAGAGUCAUUCCUGCUGAUCUGGAGGCCAAGGUCAUUGAUGCCAAAGAGAAGGGGUUUGUGCCGCUGUUUGUGAAUGCCACAGCUGGAUCUACAGUAUAUGGAGCCUUUGAUCCAAUCAAUGAGAUCGCUGACAUCUGUGAGAAAUACAACAUGUGGCUUCAUGUGGAUGGAGCGUGGGGCGGAGGUCUGUUGAUGUCCAGGAAACACAGACACAAGCUGAACGGCAUUGAGAGAGCUAACUCCGUCACAUGGAAUCCUCACAAGAUGAUGGGCGUUCCACUUCAGUGCUCUGCCAUACUGGUCCGAGAGAAGGGACUUCUGCAGGGCUGCAACUCCAUGUGUGCAGGGUAUCUCUUUCAGCCUGACAAGCAAUAUGAUGUCACCUUUGACACAGGCGAUAAGGCCAUACAGUGUGGCCGGCAUGUAGACAUCUUCAAAUUCUGGCUCAUGUGGAAGUCAAAGGGCACCAAUGGCUUUGAGAAGCACAUAGACAGGUGUCUGGAGCUUUCUGAGUAUCUUUACCACAAGAUAAAGGACCGUGAAGGAUAUGAGAUGGUGUUUCAAGGGGAGCCCCAGCACACCAACGUAUGUUUCUGGUACAUUCCUCCAAGCCUGCGUCGCCUGCCAGAUGGAGAGGAGAGAAGACAAAGGCUUCAUAAGGUUGCCCCCAAGAUCAAGGCAAUGAUGAUGGAGUGUGGGACAACCAUGGUGGGCUACCAGCCUCAGGGCGAAAAGGUCAACUUCUUCAGAAUGGUUGUCUCCAACCCGGCUGCCACCAGGUCAGACAUCGACUUCCUGAUCGAAGAGAUUGAAAGACUGGGCCUGGAUUUAUAGAGGGCUCGCAAGGAGGACAUUUAGCAGAUGUUAGUUAAUUCUGUAGAAAAAUAGGAAAGACAUUGUGAAGUAUUGUCACAGCUGGACAUUCCAGAGUAUUAAGCCCAAAGUAUACUUCAGUUUUGACAUGAAUGCUUAGCAUCUACAUACAGUCGAAUGCUAGCCUUUUAAAAGUAUACUUCAUUUUACUGUGCUUGGAUACACAGGCGGUUAGCACAUGUGCACUACGAUUGCUAUGAGAGACUGGACAAUUUAUCUUCAAGAGUUUAGACCCAUAAAGAUGUCUUUAUAUUCCUUCAGACUCAAGUUGUACAAAUGCAGGUAUCUCCUGACCUCCUCACACACAUGCUCUUGACUUCCACUGUUGUUGUUUCCACAUUCCUCUCCUGUUGUUUAGCGGUCAAUUACAUCCUCUAGCGCUUCUUCGUAAUAACUCACAGUUGAGCUGUUGUGAUAUUUUGUGAGUGUUGCCACCUUGUGGACCCACAAAUAAGUGCAAAUAGUUCCAGAUGCAUGCACUAACUGUGCCUUCAGAGGACGAUAAAAAUUGGGCCACAUGCAUUCAGUGCUCGACCACCCUGCUGAUGAUGAAAUUUACGUCCUGUAUGCAAAUUUGCGUUGCAGAUGCCAUACAUUCACCUCUGACCGAAGUAUACUUUGGGCUUUAGGCCAUAUCCACACUAAUCAGUUUAAGUUUGUAAACUCUGGAAAAUGAUGAUGUUAGGAAACUGAAAACAAAGUAUGUGGUAAUGGAGAGCAUUUCCAAAUGUCUCCUUUUUCAGUGGAGGAAAGUUAAUUGCAAAGUUAAUGCAUUUUCAAAUGAAAAUGGAUAAGUGUGGAUGUGGCCUUACACCAGUGAAGCACUUUAGAAUAAUGAACCACUUUAACAGUCUAGAACGUUCCAUCAGGAUCACAUUUUUGAAUGGUGAUCAAAUAGAACAUUCUAGAAAUGGAGAUGGUGAGCUCCUUGAGCUUGAGCUGCUUGACAUUAUGUCUUCUCCUUCUCCCUGUGCUCUUGUAUAUCUGUUGUGUCCUGUUCUAUAUUUUAACAUUAAAUAUUAUACUCUCUAAACUGAACAACAGUACUUUAAAGGAAUGUUCUGGGAUGUUCAAUACAAGAAAUUAAUUACCAAAGAAAAUCAUUUUCAACUUGUCCCCCAGUUCGUAAAACAAACAAAAAUCGCUGUUACCAUAAUACAUGUUUAAUGGAAUUCUGUGUAGAAAGGCAUUGCAUUAUCUGUGCAGUGUUUUAUCCAUUUAUGCAACUCAUGUAAAGACAAUAAAGCAAGAACACAAUACAAGUAGUGCUACCUUACCAAUUUUCCAUAAGUACUUGAGUAUACUCUUAAAAAUAAAGGUUCCAAAAAGGGGCUUAAGCAGCAAUUUCAGAGAAGAACAUUUUUGGUUCUCCAAAUAACAUUUCAGUGUAAGGUUUUUUUUUUUUUUAAUAACGCUUUUAUAGUCUAAAGAACCUAUUCCCACUACAAAUAACAAUUUGUGAUAUGGAAAGGUUAAAUGGAGGUUAAAGGUUCUUACAUGCUUAUAAACAACCUUUGUUUAGGCUAGUUAUUUAGUCUAGUGAUCCUGGAAAAGAUGUCUUCAGACAUUUUUUUUAGGGUGCUUUCAUACUAACACUUUUGGUGCGCACCUGGGUUCGAAUGACGUCAAAUUUCGGUUCGUUUGGGUGAUGUGAACGCUGUUUUUCCGAACUUGGGUGUGCACCCGGGAACUGCAUCCGAGUCUGCUUGAAAAGUUGGUCUGGGGUAUGGUUCAUGUGAACUCCAGUACAGUUUGCUGCAGAUAUGAGCGCAAUCGUACCAAAUUGCGGAAGUGAACCGCUUGUGCUAAUGUAUAAUUUGCAUCUUUGCAGGCUCGCGAUCGCAGUUAUUGUGAUAUAAUGCAUUUCUCAUACCUGCUUGUGUCCAAUUAAAUUCCCUUUCAGAGAGCAGCUCACAUUCUUCACAUCCCUUGCAAUGCAUUCGUGGGCUUGCGGAUGACAAACGCAAAUAUACGAACUCGGGUUCAGUCCAAGCAUUGAACCAAGUGUGAAAGCACCCUUAAUGGGUGAAGGUUGGGAGUUCAUUCCACUACAGAGGAACAGUGAGUGUGAUUUAGAAAACUUUACUGCUCAAAUGACACAUUUCAGUAUGGAAGAUUCAAUAUUAGCACUUUAACAAAAAUAUAAGCUGUACAUUUACAUUUCUACAUUCUCCACAUAGACCUCCAUAUGUAUGUGCAUUACAAUAAUUUGAAUUUUUGUUUGUUUUUACAAAUUGAGAAACCAGUCUGUGAUUUUUCUGUGAUAAUGUAACUCAACUUGUUUUGAACCCAGAACAUUUUCUUUAAAAAUCCAGUGGUCUGAAUGAUCAGUAAAAAUCAAAUGUAUUUCAGAAUGUACUGUAAUAUAUUAUCUAAUAACCCUAUGGACUUAGUGUUGUCAGUGUGAUUACAGCGUCAAAUGCAUAAUUUCUUAGCUGUUAUAAGGACUGAUUAUGUAUGUACCAAUGUCACCGUACCAAGUCUGUAUUGUCACACCAUUUUUUUUUUUUUUUUUAAAUGUUCGAACUUUGUGUCAAUUGUGACUGACUGUGACAAACAUGUAUAUCAAAUAGUUUUACAGUAAGAGAUGUUUGAAUAGUGGUUAAGAUUAUAUAGAGACAUUUGUUGAGAUAUUAUUUAUAUCACGAAAAUAAUUGUGUGAAAGAGAUAAUUCCCCUGUAUUGUGUACCCUCCAAGUACCAUUAUUUGUAUUUUGCGAGACAAUAUUUAUCUAUAUUGUUUAAAAUGGUGUAUUCGAGAUUUUAAUGUAUUAGUUGACCAAAGACAGGCAUUUAAAAAAUGGCCUUUAGUUAUAAAUCUACACACCUGUAACACUCUGUGGUAAAGAAAUCAAUAAUAUAAAAUAAGAAAUGAUGUGCACCAUUUUAAGUAAUCAAUUAACCUGAGCAUUUGAUAACCAUUUUGCAAUGAAUGUUGUCUCUGAUAUGUGGUCACUUGUAUUUUCAUAAGAAUUAAUGUUAAAAAUCAAAAAAGUUUUAAAAUGUGAGAGCAAGUUGCAGGGGCCUGGGUAGCACAGCGAGUAUUGACGCUGACUACCACCCCUGGAGUCUCAAGUUCGAAUCCAGGGUGUGCUGAGUUACUCCAGUCAGGUCUUCUAAGCAACCAGUUUGGCCCGGGUGAUAGGGAGGGUAGAGUCACAUGGGGUAACCUCCUCCUGGUUGCUAUAAUGUGGUUCUCACUCUCGGUGGGGCGUGUGGUGAGUUGUGCGUGGAUGCUGCAGAGAAUAGUGUGAAGCCUCCACACGCGCUAUGUUUCCGCAGUAACGUGCUCAACAAGCCACGUGAUAAGAUACGUGGAUUGACGGUCUCGGACGUGGAGGCAACUGAGAUUCAUCCUCUGCCAACCGGAUUGAGGCGAGUCACUACACCACCACAAGGACUUAGAGCGCAUUGGGAAUUUGGCAUUCCAAAUUGGGGAGAAAAGGGGGAUAAAAAAAAAUAAAAAAAAACAAUUAAAAAAAUUAAAAAAAUGGGGGGGGAGAGAGAGAGAGAGAGAGAGAGAGAGAGAGAGAGAGAGAGAGAGAGAGAGAGAGAGA